AUCACCACCACUACUGCUAUUACCACCACUACUACUACUACUAUCACCACCACUACUACUACUACCACCACCACUACUACUACCACCACUACUACUAUCACCACCACCACUACUACUAUCACCACCACCACUACUACUACUACUAUCACCACUACUACUACUAUCACCACCACCACUGCUACUACUAUCACCACCACCACUGCUACUACAACCACCACCACUACUAAUACUAUCACCACCACUACUACUAUCACCACCACUACUACUAUCACCACCACCACUACUACUACUAUCACCACCACCACUACUAUCACCACCACUACUACUAUCACCACCACUACUACUAUCACCACCACCACUACUACUAUCACCACCACUACUACUACUAUCACCACCACCACCACUACUACUAUCACCACCACUACUACUAUCACCACCACUACUACUAUCACCACCACCACUACUACUACCACCACUACUACUAUCACCACCACUACUACUAUCACCACCACCACAACUACUACUACUAUCACCACCACCACCACUAGUACUACUAUCACCACCACCACUACUACUAUCAUCACCACUACUACUAUCACCACCACCACUACUACUACUAUCACCACCACCACUACUAUCACCACCACCACUACUAUCACCACCACUACUACUAUCACCACCACUACUACUACUAUCACCACCACCACCACUACUAUCACCACCACUACUACUAUCACCACCACCACUACUAUCACCACCACCACUACUACUAUCACCACCACUACUACUAUCACCACCACUACUACUAUCACCACCACCACUACUACUAUCACCACCACCACAACUACUACUACUAUCACCACCACCACCACUACUGAUUGGUUCAGUGUGGUCUCCACUUUGGGGGCGUGGCACCACAGAGUCCUGUCCUGA